AUGGGGAAGCUCCGGGGCAACGGUGCAACGGCUGGCGGUGCAACGGUUGGCGACCGGACUGACCAGCCUUCGGUGGCAAGCUCGGGGGCGGCCGUUGGGGACGGCCCACGACGGCCCGAGGGCCAGAGCCCUCCCCCGAAAAGGAGGAGGGCAGAGCCCGGGCCUGAGCCGAAGCCGCAGGGCCCAGAUUUUCGGAUCCCGCGGUCCCGAUGGCGGUACCGCAGGCCCAAAACCAUGCCGCCCAAGGACUCUGUAGGAGGCCAGAAGCCCCCGGAGCAGCCGAGGCCAGCCCCUAGCCCUCGGCCGAGCGCACCGACCGGUCCUAAGCAGAGAGCCCCGGCCGGUCCUGAGCAGAGAGCCCCGGCCGACCAUGCCUCGAGCCCUCCGAGGAAGGAGCGAACGGCCGCAGGGGAGGUGGUCGUGAUAAGGGCGGUGCCGGUGCGGUCGCCGUCGGGGUCCCCGAGCGCCUCUGCAGAGAGGGCUCGUAGGGGACCCAGCCCCCAGCCAUCUUCUGGCCAGGCCCCAGAACCCCUCCCUGAGGUGCUGGGAAGCGCCCAGGAGGUCAUCUGGCGGCUCGAAGCGGCCGUUGCGGCAGAGCGAUCCGAGCUCGGACAAGAGCGCGCCGCCCUAGUCGAUGAGAGGGACCGGUUGGAGGAGGCCCGAAAGCUGCUGAAGACCCGCAUUGCCUCGGCCCGCACGGUCUACGAGAAGUCCAUGCGCGAGGUGGCCGAGGAGCGGGAGGCACUGGAGGAGGCCCACGACGAGGCCGUCGUCGCGCAGGAGAAGGCAGGCCGCUUGGAGCGGCUCAUGGCGGAGCGAGACCAGGGGUCGAGGAGGCGCGCCACAGAGCUGCUCGCUCAUGAGCGGCAGGUGGUUUCUCAAGAGGAGGCGACCAGCAAAAGGGAGGAGGCCGUGCGGUCUACCCAGGCGAACUUGUCCUGCCAGAACGACAAGCUCGAGGGCGGCCACGCCGACAUCCUUCGCCGGGAGGAGCAGGUCGUGGCGCGCGAGACAGACGUCGACAUAACAUCGCUGGCACUUGACGCCCGGAAGCAGCAGAUCGCGCGACGGGAGGUGGAUGCCGACUUGGCAUCGUCAGCACUCACCACCCGGGAGGAGCUGGUCGCCAAGCGGGAUGCCGACCUGGCUACCCAAGAGCAGGCUGUCAAGGCCCGGGACGAGCAGCUGGAGCGAGCCCAGACCGACGCGGACACCCAAUGCUGGGAGGUCCUGUUCGCGAGGGGCAUCCUUAUCGGCGCCGUCGACGGCACCAGCCUCGAGGCCCGGCUGAAGAACGCCAAGGACGAGCUUGAGAUCGUCCUCUCAGAGCGGACGAACGUGAAGCUGAUGAUGUGA